AUGAGACGUUGCGGUGUGUGCUGUUUAAAGUACUUGCGUGGGUCUAAAGUCGCGUACGGUGGUUCUGUGGCUUCUCUCUUGGAGAAUUAUCUUCAGAGCGGUGGGGAAGCUCAUGCCGCUAACUUGCCUGCAUCACAGAAGUACUUCUAUAUACAGAAGGAAAAACAAAAUCAGCAUCAUGAUCCUCAGAUUUCACAAAAACAUCAGAUGGUUCAGCUUCGACUUGGUUGUGCACAAAUGUUAACUUCUACGUCCGGAAACAUUGCGAAUCACAAUGAGGCGCAUCCGUUAUUUUAUUCUCAAACAGCUCCACGUGAAGCAGGACUUUGCGUUUCUCUUGUUUUGGCGUUAAAAAAACUUAAGAUAAGAAAACUUACAGAAUUGCAGGGUGCUUUGAUUCCUAUGCUUCUUAAAGGUAAACAUAUUAUUGCUCACGCCGAGACAGGUACAGGAAAAAGUUUUGGUAUUGCACUUGCAUGUGCUAACAGGAUAGUUCGACAAAAUAUUAAUUACCGUCUACAUACUGUUAUUUUUGUUCCUACAGAGGAACUAGCAUUACAGUAUGAUAAAUGGUUACGUCACUUUGGUGGAUCUACCUCGCAGGUAGUUCAAGUAGCUAUUGAAAAAAUUCCACUUGAAACACAGUUGGCAAAAAUUCACAAUAUUCAACCUCAUGUAUUGGUAGGUACUCCGCAACGAAUUGCUGAUAUUAUACGUCUUAGUCCCACUAUAUUGGGAGAGAAAUUGCGUCGUAAAGUAGAUUGUGUAAUUUUAGAUGAAGCUGAUUUAAUUCUUUCAUCUGAAGUAAAACUUGGACGACAUGUGAUUAGUGGAAUUAAUUUGGUGGACCGUUUAUUCCGCAGCCGACCUGAAGAAGUACCAGCACAGCUAGUUGCUGCAAGUGCUACUAUUGAUGGUCGUACUGCACAAGCCCUUAAUACAUGGAUGCGAAACGAUAAGGCUGUACGUUUGACCACAAGCUUUGUUGAACACACUAUUCCUCAGACAAUUAGUUUUUACUUUUAUGCUGAGUCUAGUAGGUAUCCAUUACCGAAAUGCUUAGAAUUGAUCAUUCGUUUGAUAUGUCGCCAUGAACCCAAACCCCGUAUUCUCGUCUUCACCACUGACGAUGCCGUUGAGGAGGUGUCGCGGCUGCUGAACACACUCGGCACGACGGCCGCGGAGGUGCGGCGGUGGCUGCAGGAGUCCCCGGACCGCACAGUCGCCGCGCCGCUGCAGUUACGCGUGGACGUCAACGGCGGCCGUCGCGGCCCCAUCGUCGCCGGCGAUCGCGAUGUGUGCGUUCGGGACGACAGUUCGGUGGCGCGGCUGGUCGGCGGGCGGCUCCUCGCGGGUGUCGGCGGCCACGCGUUAAGUCGCGGGCUGCACGUUGGCGGCAUCACGCAUGUUGUGCUCUACGGCCCGUGUCCGCCGGCGGCCGCUUUUGUGCACUGCGCCGGCCGCACGGGCCGCAUGGGAGCCGCCGGCGAUGUUGUCGUCCUCCACCCGCCCACCGCCGCCCGCGCCUUGCAGGCCGUCUGCAGUGCCCUCGAACUCCCCUUCACACCAGGACGCAUGGAAGACGUGGAACAGCUGCUGAUGCUGCCCACGUAA